UUCGAAUCCAUAUUGACCGACCAUAUCGGGGUGGACUCCUCUGGCUCUCACCGACGAACACAAAGGUGGUGCUCCGGUCCUCCACGCUGCCAGCGGCCCACGAAUCACUUCAAUCCUACCUGUCGACGGAGCACUCUACGCGCUGGCCACUGCUCGCUUGAGCAGAACCCGCACAAACCCUUUGACGAGAGCUCAGGAGUAGCCCAACUCCAUCGAUCCACCCCUCGAUCGGAUCCCGUCUCGAAAUCAAAGAAUCGCCCGCCCUCCGCACACCUAACCACUCCAGGCCCGACUCCCGUUUCACGACGAUCGUACCCGGCUCGUCGCCGCCCGCUGCCCACCAUGUCCUUCCUCGACAAUGCAUACACCCUGGUCAAGGACAGUGCCACCGAGGGCACGCCAACCUUGGCAGAGUUGCGGACACAGCUCGAAAAGGGCACCGACGAAACCAAGGUUGAGACAAUGAAGCGCAUCCUGACCAUCAUGCUCAAUGGCGACCCUAUGCCCCAAUUGCUCAUGCACAUCAUCCGUUUCGUCAUGCCCUCCAAGUCCAAGCCCCUCAAGAAGCUGCUUUACUUUUAUUACGAAAUCUGCCCUAAGCUCGAUGCUCAGGGGAAGCUAAAGCAAGAGUUCAUCCUAGUAUGUAACGGCAUCCGUAAUGACCUCCAACAUCCGAACGAGUUUAUCAGGGGCAAUACGUUGCGCUUCCUCUGCAAACUCAGGGAACCCGAGCUCCUCGAGCCUCUCCUCUCCUCGGCCCGGUUGUGUCUCGAACACCGCCAUGCCUACGUGCGCAAGAACGCAGUCUUUGCGGUAGCUUCCAUCUACCAACACUCGCCAUCGCUGAUUCCCGACGCCCCCGAGCUCAUUGCCACGUUCCUUGAAGGAGAGAGCGACCCAACAUGUAAGAGGAACGGCUUCGCUGCCCUCUCUAGCAUUAGCCACGAGAAAGCGCUUGCCUACCUCAGCACCGUCUUCGACGGUAUUCCGAACGCUGAGGAGCUUCUGCAGCUGGUUGAGCUCGAGUUUAUCAGGAAAGAUGCCAUCCAAAACUCGCAGAACAAGGCGCGCUACCUGCGGCUCAUCUUCGACCUGCUCGAAGCGAACACGUCCACAGUGGUUUAUGAAGCAGCGUCAUCUCUCACAGCACUCACCAACAACCCCGUGGCCGUCAAAGCCGCUGCCGCCAAGUUCAUCGAACUUGCGAUCAAGGAGGCCGACAAUAACGUUAAGCUUAUUGUGCUCGACCGUGUCGACCAGCUGCGCCAGAAGAAUGAGGGCAUCCUUGACGACCUCAUCAUGGAGAUCCUGCGCGUCCUCUCAAGCACCGAUAUUGAUGUGCGCAAGAAAGCCCUGGAUAUUGCGCUGGAGAUGAUUUCGAGCAAGAACGUGGAGGAAGUGGUGCUCCUUCUCAAGAAGGAACUGUCCAAGACUGUCGACCAGGAGUACGAGAAGAAUAACGAGUACCGCCAGCUGCUCAUCCACUCCAUCCACCAGUGCGCUGUCAAAUUCUCGGAGGUCGCUGCCAGCGUGGUAGACCUGCUCAUGGACUUCAUUGCGGACUUCAACAACGCCUCGGCUGUCGACGUUAUCAAUUUUGUCAAGGAGGUGGUUGAGAAGUUCCCAUCGCUACGGCCAGCCAUUUCGCAAAGACUGGUCGAUACUCUCCGGGAAGUGAGGGCUGGCAAGGUCUACCGCGGCAUCCUGUGGAUCAUCGGCGAGUACUCGCUGGACGAAAAGGAUAUUCGGGAUGCCUGGAAGGGUAUCCGGGCCAGCCUUGGCGAAAUACCCAUUCUGGCGUCUGAGCAGAGACUGCUGGACAACAUGGACAAUGAGGAAGAGAACAAGGGCGAAGAGCAGGUCAACGGGCAUCCUAAGCCCAAUCCUGGAGGCUCCCGGAAGGUCCUCGCUGACGGGACGUAUGCCACCGAAACCGCCCUCACAAGUCAGUCCGCUGCGGCUGCGCGGCUAGAGGCUGUCAAGGCAUCGUCUAAGCCUCCACUCAGGCAGCUCAUCUUGGACGGGGAUUACUAUCUUGCGACUGUUCUUGCUGCCACGCUUACCAAGCUCGUUAUGCGCCACUCUGAGAUCUCCUCGGAAGAAGCCCGGACCAAUGCUCUGCGGGCCGAGGCCAUGCUUAUCAUGAUCUCCAUCAUCCGCGUUGGUCAGUCACAGUUUGUCAAGGCACCCAUCGACGAGGAUUCGGUGGACCGGAUCAUGAGCUGCGUGCGGUCGCUGGCCGAGUUCAAGGAGCACAAGCAGCUGGAGACGGUGUACCUCGAGGACACGAGGAAGGCCUUCCGAGCAAUGGUGCAGGUUGAGGAGAAGAAGCGCGCAGCAAAGGAGGCGUUCGAGAAGGCCAAGACCGCAGUGCAGGUCGAUGACGUGGUUGCGAUCCGUCAGCUGUCCAAGAAGAACGCGGUUGACGGGGCUGACGCCAUCGAGCUCGACUUGGAGCGGGCAACGGGCGGUGAUAGCAGUGCUUCCGAGGAUCUGUCGAGCAAGCUCAGCCGUGUUGUCCAGCUUACCGGUUUCUCAGAUCCCGUCUAUGCUGAAGCGUACGUCAAAGUUCACCAGUUCGAUAUCAUCCUGGAUGUGCUCCUCGUCAACCAAACCACCGACACACUACAAAACCUUACCGUGGAGUUUGCCACGUUGGGUGACCUCAAGGUGGUGGAGCGGCCCACGAGCCAGAACCUUGGCCCGCACGACUUCCAGAACGUACAGUGCACCAUCAAGGUGUCGUCGACCGACACGGGCGUCAUCUUUGGCAACGUCGUCUAUGAGGGUGCCCACUCGACCGAUACCAAUGUAGUCAUCCUAAACGACCUUCACGUGGACAUCAUGGAUUACAUCCAGCCGGCGACCUGCUCCGAGACGCAGUUCCGCACCAUGUGGACCGAGUUUGAGUGGGAGAACAAGGUCAACAUCAACAGCAAAGCCAAGUCGCUACGCGACUUUUUGGACCAGCUCAUGGCGUGCACCAACAUGAACUGUCUGACGCCGGAAGCGAGCAUGAAGGGCGACUGCCAAUUCCUGAGCGCGAAUCUGUAUGCCAGGAGCGUGUUCGGCGAGGACGCUUUGGCCAACCUGAGCAUCGAGAAGGAGGGCGAAGAUGGCCCGAUCACUGGUUUCCUCAGGAUACGCAGCAGGUCGCAGGGUCUGGCGCUCAGUCUCGGCUCGCUCAAAGGGCUGAACAAGAUUGGCUCCGUUGUUGCUUGAGGGGCGCGUGCGAGGGGCUAACUUGGCGACCCCAUCCUUGUUCCCCCAUCCUUGUUGUAGGUGGCCGCAGCAGUCUCACGAAACGGACCUCUCGUUGCCGUCGUUGACGCUGUUGCGGAGC